UCUGGGAGAAGCAAAUCGUGACAGGCAGGCUAGCUGCGGCGGCGGACUGUAAACAUGGCGGCGUGCACAGCUACAGGGCUGUGCCGAGCACCGCUGUACAACUAGUGUGGGAAGCGGAGACACCCCGAAAAUGGAGACCGAAGAGGAGCAGCACAUAACGACGCUCCUCUGCAUGGGUUUCCCAGAUCCUGACGUGAUACGGAAAGCGCUCCGGCUGGCAAAGAAUGACAUCAACGAGGCAGUGGCGCUUCUAACGAACGAGAGCCCCGGACUCGGCUAUGGAUACGAGCCGAUGGAGAGUGGGCCUUCCACCGGCUUGGGCUCCAGUGGGGACGGGGAAAACAGCGGGAGGACUGGGACUAGUGGGUUCGAUCCCCCCCCAGCAUACCACGACGUCGUGGAAGGCGAGCGAAGCAACGACGAGAACGGGAACUGCUCGGGAGGCAGCAUGGAGUUCCCCACCACCAACCUGUACGAGCUGGAGAGCCGGGUCUUCACCGAUCACUGGUCCAUCCCCUACAAGAGAGAGGAGUCCCUGGGCAAGUGCCUCAUCGCCUCCACCUGCCUUGCACGGCACGGUCUGGCGGACGCCGAUGAGAACUGCAAGCGGUUUGUGGAUCGGUGCAUGCCGGAGGCCUUCAAAAAGCUGUUGACCAGCAGCGCCGUCCACAAGUGGGGGACGGAGAUCCACGAGGGGAUCUACAACAUGCUGAUGUUGCUGGUGGAGCUGGUGGCCGAGAGGGUGAAGCAGGACCCCGUCCCCGUCAACCUGAUGGGGGUCCUGACCAUGGCCCUGAACCCCGACAACGAGUACCACUUUAAGAACCGAAUGAAGUCAUGUCAGAGGAACUGGGCCGAAGUUUUCGGAGACGAGGCCAACAUAUUUGCAGUCUCUCCCAGCAACACCUACCAGAAAGAGCCCCACGGUUGGCUGGUUGACUUAGUGAAUCGAUUUGGAGAGUUAGGAGGAUUCGCUGCCAUCCAGACUAAACUCAGCUCGGAGGAGAUCGAGAUCGCUUGUGUAUCAGCCCUGGUCCAGCCCCUUGGUGUUUGUGCGGAAUAUUUAAACUCCAGCCUCGUCCAGCCCAUGCUCGAUCCAGUCAUCCACAAGACCAUCACAUAUGUGCAGAACCUGGAGGAAAAGGACCUGAAGGACAAGCGUCUAGUGAGCAUCCCUGACCUGCUGUCGGCCAUCAAGCUGCUGUGCAUGAGGUUCCAGAGGGAACUGGUCGCCGUGGUGGACGACCUGCGGCUGGACACGCUGCUGAGAAUGCUCAAAACUCCCCACUUCUCUACCAAAAUGAACUCCUUAAAAGAAGUGACCAAGUUAAUAGAAGAAAGUACAGUGUCAAAAACAGUGAAAAACGCCAUAGACACAGAUAAACUUCUCGACUGGCUCGUGGAGAACUCGGUCCUGUCGAUAGCGCUGGAAGGUAACAUUGAUCAGGCUCAGUACUGUGAGAGGAUAAAGGGAAUCAUCGAGCUGCUCGGGAGUAAGCUGUCCCUGGAUGAACUCACCAAGAUCUGGAGAAUACAGGCCGGUCAGUCCUCAACGGUGAUAGAGAACAUCCACACAAUAAUCGCUGCUGCCGCCGUGAAGUUCAGCUUCGAUCAGCUCACACACCUCUUCGUCCUCAUACAGAAGAGCUGGGAGGUGGAGAGCGACCGCGUUCGGCAAAAGCUGCUUAGUUUGAUCGGGAGAAUAGGCAGAGAAUCUCGCUCAGAAACGACUACAGGAAAGGUGCUAGAGGUGCUGUGGGAGCUGGCUCACCUCCCCACCCUGCCCACCAGUCUGGUUCAGCAGGCCCUGGAGGAACACCUGGGGAUCCUCAGUGACGCCUACGCCGUCAAGGAGACCGUGAAACGCAGCUACAUCAUUAAAUGUAUCGAAGACAUCAAGAAGCAUCACACUCAGGAGGACGAUAAAGGCAGCAACACUCAAAGCUCAUUUCAUACUUGGCACAAGAAGAUAUCUAACUCAUUGGCUAAAGCUUCUCAGCAGAGCACUCCCCAAACCGUCUGGGUCGUCCCCGCUCUGCGGCAGCUGCACGAAAUCACCCGCUCCUUCAUCAAACAGACUUACCAGAAACAAGACAAGAGCAUCAUCCAGGACCUGAAGAAGAACUUCGAGAUUGUCAAACUGAUCACGGGAUCUCUGGUGUGCUGCCACCGACUCGCCGUGAGCGCGUCGGGGAACAACGGCCUGUCCGCUUCCACCCUGGUGGACGGCAGAUACACCUACCAGGAGUACCUGGACAGCCACCUGCGGUUCCUGGCGUUCUUCCUUCAGGAGGCCAGCCUGUACCUGGUCUGGAACAGAGCCAAGGAGCUCUGGGAGUGCCUGGUCUCGGGUCCGGAUGUUUGUGAGCUUGACCGUGAGUUGUGUUUUGAGUGGUUCACCAAAGGACAGCAUGACCUGGAGAGCGAUGUUCAGCAGCAGCUCUUCAAGGAGAAGAUUUUGAAACUGGAGCCCUAUGAGAUCACUAUGAACGGGUUCGGCCUGUUUAAGACCUUCUUCGAGAAUGUGAAUCUGUGUGACCAUCGUCUGAAGCGCCAGGGAACCCAGCUGUGUGUGGAGCGCCUCGACCUGGCAGGGAUGGAUUUUAUUUGGCGCAUCGCCAUGGAAACGCCGGACGAAGAGAUAGCCAACGAAGCGAUCCAACUGAUAAUCACUUACAGCUAUACCAACCUCAAUCCAAAAAUGAAGAAGGAUUCUGUCUCUUUGCACAAGAAGUUCAUUGCUGAUUGUUACAAGCGGCUAGAGGCCGCAAGCUCGGCCCUGGGCGGGCCCACUCUAACCCAUGCUGUUACCAAGGCAACAAAGAUGCUGACAGCCACUGCCAUGCCAACGGUAGCCACGUCUGUACAAUCACCUUCCAGGUACAGAGGGGGGUUUGGAUCCACAAAGCUGGUGAUAAUUGAAAGACUGCUGUUAUUGGCUGAGCGCUAUGUCAUCACUAUAGAGGACAUGUACUCGUUUCCUCGCACCAUUCUACCUCACGGGGCGUCUUUCAACGGACACCCCGUCACUCUCCACAUCACCUACGAGUCAACCAAAGACACCUUCACCCUAGAGACUCACAGUAACGAGACGAUAGGCAGCAUCCGCUGGAAGAUCUCCGAACACUUGAGCUGCCCGGUGGAUAACGUCCAGAUUUUUGCCAAUGAUAGCGUGCUGACCAUGAACCGAGACCAGAAGCUGCUCUCGCAGCUCGGCUUCAGCGACGAGCAGAGCCUGACGGUGAAGAGCUCCGGCACCGGGACUCCUUCGGGCAGCUCGGAGUCGUCGGCCUCGGCCUCCAGCAGUUCCAGCUCUGCCGUCUUCAACUCGGCCUACGCCUUGGAGCAGGAGAAGUCCCUCCCUGGGGUGGUGAUGGCUUUGGUGUGCAAUGUGUUUGAGAUGCUUUACCAGCUGGCUAACCUUGAAGAGCCAAGGAUCAUCCUCCGUGUGAGGAAGCUGCUGCUGCUAAUUCCAACAGACCCCGAAGUGCAGGACGCACUCGACAACUUCGUUCCCAAAGAAUCCAGCGUCUGGAGCCACCAGAAAACCCUGUUCACCCUCGGCCAGGGUUCGGGCUCUCGCUCUCCAUCCGUAACACCCAAACAGCAGCAUCAGCCCAGCGCCGCGUCCAUCUUGGAGUCGCUUUUCCGAUCCUCUGCGCCCGGCAUGUCCACCUUCAGAGUGCUUUACAACCUGGAGGUGUUGAGUUCGAAGCUGAUGCCAACGUCGGACGACGAGAUGGCCAAAACCAGCAGCAAGUCCUUCUGUGAAAACUUCCUCAAAGCAGGAGGCCUCAGUCUGGUGGUGAACGUCAUGCAGAGGGACUCCAUCCCAUCUGAAGUGGACUACGAGACCCGACAAGGAGUCAACUCCAUCUGCCUUCAGCUGGCCAGGUUCCUCCUGGUUGGUCAGAGUAUGCCGAUGGCCCUGGACGAUGACGUCAUCAGGGACGGUGACGCACUGUCGUCCCGGCCGUUCCGUAACGCGGGCCGGACGGGUCGGCAGCUGUCACUCUGCGGCACUCCAGAGAAGUCCUCCUACCGGCAGAUGUCUCUGUCCGAGCGCUCGUCCAUACGGGUGGAGGAGAUCAUUCCUGCCGCUCGCGUUGCCAUUCAGACCAUGGAAGUCGGGGACUUCACCUCCACCGUAGCCUGUUUCAUGCGUCUAACCUGGGCUGCCGCCGCGGGCCGACUGGACCUCGUUGGCAGCCAGCAGCCAAUCAGAGAAACCCAAGGCUCGCUGCUGCCGCAGGGAGUCCGCACCAGAGUCAGCAGCACUGGGAGCAACUGCAGCUCCAGCAGUGAAGGCGAGGCCACCCCGACGGCGCUGCAUGCUGGUAUAUGCGUCCGGCAGCAGAGCGUCUCCAUCAAGGACGCCAUCAUCGCCCGCGAGGCUCUGUCGCUACUGGUUACCUGUCUGCAGCUACGCUGCCAGCAGAUGUCUUCCUUUUACACCCUUCCCUCUGUCAGCGAUUUCAUUAUCGAUAUCCUGCUGGGCUCUCCCAGUGCCGAGAUCCGCCGCGUGGCCUGCGAUCAGCUGUACACGCUGAGUCAGUCCGACACCUCGGCCUUCCCUGAAGUCCAGAAACCCAACCUGUUCCUGCUCUCAGUCAUCCUGACCGCCCAGCUGCCGCUAUGGAGCCCCACGUCCAUCAUGAGAGGUGUCAACCAGAGGUUACUCUCCCAGUGCACUGAGUAUUUUGACCUGAGAUGCCAGCUUCUGGAUGACCUUACCUCCUCAGAGAUGGAGGUGUUGAAAGUGAGCGCGGCCAACAUGCUGGAGGACGAGAUUUCCUGGCUCGACAACUUUGAGCCCAGCUGGAGCUCGGAGAUGGAGACCAGCGAGGCAGACAACAUCCUGCUGGCAGGACACCUCCGACUCAUCAAGACUUUGCUCUCUCUGUGCGGAAAUGAGAAAGAACACCUCGGUCCGUCUCUGAUCCAGCAGCUGCUCGAUGACUUCCUGUUUCGAGCGUCUCGUAUCAUCAUCAACAGCUCCAACCCGACGCCCUCUCCAGCCCCGAGCCACGACUUCCACCCCAAGUGCAGCACGGCCAGCAGCAGACUGGCAGCCUACGAGGUCCUGGUGAUGCUGGCCGACAGCUCGCUCUCCAACCUGCGGCUCAUCACCAAGGAGCUCCUGUCCAUGCACCACCAGUCGGAUCCGUCGCUCUGCAAGGAGUUUGACUAUUUGCCUCCCGUGGAGAGCCGGUCGGUCUCGGGUUUCGUCGGACUGAAAAAUGGCGGCGCCACGUGUUACAUGAACGCCGUGUUCCAGCAGCUCUACAUGCAGCCCGGCCUGCCCGAGGCCUUCCUGUCCAUCGAGGACGACACAGACCAGCCUGAGGAAAGCGUCUUCUACCAGGUCCAGUCGCUGUUCGGCCACCUGAUGGAGAGCAAGCUGCAGUACUACGUGCCAGAGAACUUCUGGAAGAUCUUCAAGAUGUGGAACAAGGAGCUGUACGUCAGAGAGCAGCAGGACGCUUACGAGUUCUUCACCAGCCUGGUGGACCAGCUCGACGAACAUCUCAAGAAAAUGGGCCGGGAGCAAAUCUUCAAAAACACAUUUCAGGGAAUUUAUUCCGACCAGAAGAUUUGUAAAGAUUGUCCGCACAGAUACGAGCGUGAGGAAACGUUCAUGGCCUUGAACCUCGGUGUGACUUCCUGUCAGAGUUUGGAGAUCUCAUUAGACCAGUUUGUCAGAGGAGAGGUGCUGGAGGGCAGCAACGCGUACUACUGUGAAAAGUGCAAGGAGAAGAGAACCACAGUGAAGAGGACAUGCAUCAAAUCUCUACCCAGCGUUCUCUGUAUCCACCUCAUGCGAUUCGGCUUCGACUGGGAAAGCGGGCGAUCCAUAAAAUACGACGAGCAGAUCAGGUUCCCCUGGGUGCUGAACAUGGAGCCCUACACCGUGUCCGGGAUGGCCCGGCAGGACUGCAGCGGGGACGGGGCCGAGGGACGAGGCGACGGCUCCUCGGGAGGAUCCCCCAGGAAGAAAGUUACAAUUUCAGAGAACUACGAACUCGUGGGCGUUGUGGUCCACAGUGGCCAAGCGCACGCAGGACACUACUACUCCUUCAUAAAAGACAGACGCGGAAACGCUCGUGGGCGCUGGUAUAAAUUCAACGACAACGUAGUGGAGGAGUUUGACAUGAACGACGAGACUCUGGAGUACGAGUGUUUUGGCGGAGAGUAUCGCCCCAAGGUCUACGACCAGUCCAACCCCUACCCCGACGUGCGACGGAGGUACUGGAACGCCUACAUGCUGUUUUACCAGAAGAUCAGCGACCAGAACUCGCCUGCCCUGCCGAAGAAAAGCAGAGUCAGCAUCAUGAGGCAGGAGGCCGAGGAUCUUUCCCUGUCUGCCCCGUCCUCCCCCGACGUCUCACCCCAGUCCUCUCCUCGGCCCCCGAGGGCCAACAACGACCGCCUCACGCUCCUGACGCGCCUGGUCCGCAAGGGCGAGAAGAAGGGCCUCUUCGUGGAGAAGAUGCCCGCCAGCAUCUUUCAGAUGGUCAGAGACGAGAAUCUGAGGUUCAUGAGAAACAGGGACGUCUACAACAGCGACUACUUCAGCUUCAUCCUCUCCUUGGCUUCGGUCAAUGCAACAAAACUGAAGCACCAAGACUACCAGCCCAUGGCCAAAGAAAGUCUCCAGCUGGCCGUCCACUUUCUCUUCCACACCUACUUGCACACCAAAAAGAAACUCAGGGUGGACACGGAGGAGUGGAUGGCGGCGGUGGAGGUGCUGCUGUCCAAGAGCAGCGAGGCGUGUCAGUGGAUGGUGCAGUUCCUGGUCGGACCAGAGGGACGAGAAAUCAUCAGGGUUUGCCUGCUGGAGUGCAGCGUUCGGGAGGUGAGGACGGUGGUGGCGUCCGUCCUGGAGAAAACUCUGGAGAGCGCACUGCACUUCGGAGACCCGGGCCUGGACAGCCUGACCGACGCCUUGCUGUCGCUGCUGGACAAAGACGUUCCUGAGAACGUGAAAAACUGUGCCCAGUACUUCAACCUCUUCAGUAACUUUACCCAGAGGGGUUGCGGCCCCUGCCAGCUGCUGUUGAAGCACUCAGCCUACCGUCGGAUGCUCAUCUUCCUGUUGGGACCCAACAGGCAAAACAACCAGAACCGGCGGUGGAGUCCGGCUCAGGCCCGGGAGUUCCUCCACCUCCACAGCAGCCUGGCGCUCAUGACGCUGCACUCUGACCUCAGCCCCCAGCGGACCCUCGCUCCUGGGGGAUCCAAGCUGCCAGCGAGUAGCGUCCACUCCUCCGGCCCGCUCCUCCCACUGCACUCGGACAUUCUCGCCUCUCUCUUCACUCCGGAGGGACAGCCUUACCUUCUCGAGGUGAUGUUUGCGAUGCGCGAGCUGUCGGGGCCGCUGUCUCUUCUGAUAGAAAUGGUCACCUACUGCUCAUACUGCAAUGAGGGCUUUUCGCUGGGAGUGCUGCAGCUACUCAAGAGUCAGAUGGAGACGGCUCCGCCUCACGAGCUGAAGAACGUUUUCCAGAUGCUGCAGGAGAUACUGGUUGUUGAAGACCCUCUGCAGUCCCAGAGGCUCAAGUACGCCUUUGAGUCGGACAAUGGCCUGUUAGCUUUGAUGCACCAGAGCAACAAUGUGGACAGCAGGCGCUGCUACCAGUGUGUGAAGUUCCUGGUCACACUAGCUCAGAAGUGUCCUCCAGCCAAAGAUUACUUCAAAGAUUUGUCUGGCCACUGGAGCUGGGCCGUGCAGUGGUUGCAGAAAAAGAUGACUGAACAUUACUGGACUCCCCAGAGUAACGUCUCCAAUGAGACGUCCACCAAUAAAACCUUCCAGCGCACCAUUUCUGCACAGGACACCUUGGCCUACGCCACGGCAUUGUUAAACGAGAAGGAGCAGUCUGGCAGCAGCAACGGCUCCGACGGCAGCCCGGCGAAUGAAAACGCAGAGCGCAGCCUCCGACAGGGCUCAGAGUCUCCCAUGAUGCUCGGCGAUUCAAAGAGCGAUCUAGAAGACGUGGACUCUUAACUCCUCUGGCUGGCGGGAUGACUCCGGCGGCGGGGCGGCGUCACAGGCUCCAGGCGGCCGGGUCGGAACGGCCUGUGCUGUACCUCUGAUUGGACAGGACUCUCGGAACUCCACAGGAAGCCAAUCAGGACACUUUUAUCUCGGUCGCCAGGGCAACCAAGCAGCUGCAAAUAAAUCAUGAAUUACUUCCUG